AUGUCCAAAUACAAGGAUAUUGUGAAAAAUGGGUGGCAUCCUGAAAAGACCGGUAGCAGCUUGAAAGGUCAAGUUAAAGGACUAGUUGGGAGAGGGAAGUCUGAGGAGGAGGAUCGAGGUAGUCACGUUUCUGUUCCGCUGUCCCAACUAAAGGACCCUUCAAGCUUUGCACCACCUCCCAAACGUACCGGUUCUGGUCUUAUUCCACCACCUCCAAAGGCAGAGUCGGCACCUAGAAAGGUUAUCACCGCCCCUUCGAAAUACCAGGAUCCGAGAGCACCGCCCCCUCAAGAACCCGUGUAUGCCGAGCCUGAGGAGGAAUAUGAGGAACAGCCCCGUGGCCCUUAUCGCACAAAUACUACAGGUCUUUCAACGGAUAACCUACCGAAGCCUCCCGGUCGCAGAGAUGGUGCUGACGGACGUUCGGGCCAACCGCCUUCAUAUCAGUCGGCGAUGGCGGGUGUAGGGGGAGGAGGAAGAGCUGCACCUCCGAGCUUGCCACCACGACUGCCUCCAAGGACAAAUUCUGGAAGCACCAUCGCGAGCUCUCCCGCUGCUAGUCCCGCGCCUACAGGCAACGGUCUGUUGAAUCAAGGAGCAGUCAAUCGUCUGGGUGCAGCAGGGAUAUCAGUUCCUGGCUUUGGUAUUGGUCGUUCCAGCCCGGCAGCUGAAGCAUCCUCUAGUCCACCUCAACCUCCACGACCCGGUGUCGCGUCACCAUCUCCAGCACCUGCUGCAUCACACAUGAGCGAACUGCAGAACCGAUUCUCGAAGUUCGGAACAUCAUCUAGCGCUAACACAGCAGCACCUCCACCACCUAGUGAGAGCACCACGUGGGCUCAGAAGCAAGCCGCUCUCAAGACUGCCUCAUCAUUCCAAAAGGAUCCUUCUUCGGUCUCCCUCUCCGAUGCCCGAGCUGCUGCCAGUACAGCUAACAACUUCCGCCAGCGCCAUGGUGAACAAGUUGCUGCUGGAGCCAAAACAGCAAACAACCUGAACCAAAAGUAUGGACUCCUUGACAAGGCGCAGAAUUCAUACUCUAGGUUCCAAGGCAACCAAACACAAAGUCAAAAUGAAGAUGCUCCCUCUGCACCAGCAUCGCCCGGAUUGGCCAGCGUUGUUGGAAAGAAGAAGCCUCCUCCACCUCCGCCAAAGAAGAAGCCAGCUCUUAUGAGCGCUUCAGCUACUCCCGCCAACGAUGAACCACCUCCUAUUCCUAUGGCAACUAGGCCACAGUUUUAA